AUGGUUCUCUUGGUAGAAAAAAUCAGUAAGCUCUAUUCCAAACUGGAGAAUCGCCACCACCAAGACCACAAGCAUCACCAAUAUUCUGAAACCUUAUCGGUUUCCCUACAGGCCUUUCAAUCUGAGGUCUCGAAUUGCUUAAACCAGUUAUGGUUAGAUUCGAAACCCGGAUCAGAAAUCCUGUCCUUGCCAUGGAUUCGACAAUGUUUAGCCCUCAUUCCCGUCGUCAACAAAGCUUUUGCAAAACUUGUUGUGGAUAUAGACUACCCUGUUAGCAACUGGGAGGAUUCUGCAGUUGAAGAAUAUCUAAACUACAGCUUGAGUUUGCUGGGACUUUUCAAUUCAAUUAGUUCCUCUCUUGCAUGUUUUGAGCAUGUUCGGCUUUCGCUAGCUUAUGCAUUAAGCCUUGUGGAGAAUUCUCCUUCCUCAGCGGUAGUGCGUCUGACAGCAAUUCAGCAAAGAAGUCCCAACAAGGAUUUCAAGAAAGGUGAAACUAAGGAAGAUGGUAAAGGAAAGAUUUUCUCUGGCAAGCAAUGGGUUAUGCAUCAAGCCUUGAUAGUCGUGAAGAGUAUCGGAUUCUGGGUAUGUGGGAUUGUGUUGUCCGGUUUAACCAGUGAUGGGAAGCCAUAUUUGGAGAUGAGAAAAUUGGUGGGUGGCUUGGUUUUUUCUUCAUUUCUCGAAUUGGAUUCAAGUAUAUGUGAGAUUUUUCUGGAGAAAGGGACUGUCUUAGUCGAGAUAAAGGAGCUGAAUGAUACAGUGACUUCCCUUGUUGCUGCCAUUGUAAGUGGGAAAUACAUCGAAGCAACUGAGGAGUUGCAGAGAGAAUUGGAGGUGUCUGAAAAACUGUUGGAGGGCUUGCAUAAAGAUGUCGAUCGUCUCUUCUAUGAGGUUAUAGCGGGCAGAAAUAAGUUGCUUAAUUGCCUUGGACACCGUUAA